GCAUGGAGGAGCGCGGCGAUGCCGAGCCGACCGCCGGCUGCAGCAGUCUGGGCCCGGUCGGCGUUCGCAGCGGCGGCGGAGCUCCCUCGUGGGCCCCUGAGGACGCCUGGAUGGGCACCCACCCUAAGUACUUAGAAAUGAUGGAAUUAGAUAUAGGAGAUGACACCGAAGUCUGCAUAGCAUUCUUGGUUUACCUGGACCUCAUGGAGAGUAAAAGUUGGCAUGAAGUAAGCUGUGUGGGAUUACCAGAACUCCAGCUCAUCUGCCUUGUUGGUACAGAGCUAGAAGGGGAAGGGUUACAGACUGUGGUGCCUGUACCCAUCACUGCUUCCCUCAGCCAUAACAGGGCAGCCACUGAUCACAAUGUGGAUAAUAUGACUGAAAUACUCAGGGAGUGGUUAAAAAAUGUACAGAGACUCUAUCACUAUGUGGAGUGGAGGCCUAUGGAUGAACCAGAGUCUCAUCCUGAUGAAAUUGGACCAAAGCAUUGGCCAAGCUCCCGGUUUGCCCAUGUGAUGAAAUUACGACAGGCAGCCCUUUGAACUGCGAGGGAAAGAUGGUCAGACUACAUCCUGUUCAUAGAUGUCGACAAUUUCCUGACUAAUCCACAGACCCUCAUUCUAAUGAUUGCAGAAAACAAAACCAUUGUGGCCCCCAUGCUGGAGUCUCGGGGAUUGUAUUCUAAUUUCUGGUGCGGAAUCACACCUCAGGGCUUCUAUAAACGGACCCCAGACUACGUUCAGAUUAGAGAGUGGAAGCGGACGGGCUGCUUCCCUGUGCCCAUGGUCCACUCCACCUUCCUAAGCGACCUGAGGAAGGAGGCCUCUGACAAGCUGACCUUCCACCCCCCACACCAGGACUAUACCUGGACCUUUGAUGACAUCAUCGUCUUUGCCUUCUCCAGCAGGCAAGCAGAUAACAUGCUUGUCCUGCUCCUUCCUGACUCUCACUGUGGGCGUAUCUGUGGGUGCUCCACGGCAGAAGAGGUGUUGCAUCCAGUGGAAGAGGCAGCUCCACUCAGAGUCCAGAUCUACAGACCCAGUGACCAAUGCCCCACCCACCGGAAUGUGGUAGUUAAGGUAAAGCACAACGGCCUCACCUCUGCAGAUGUCAAUAACCACCUGGACCUGAGAGAUGAAGAACCUGAGGCUCAGAGAGGUCAAGAUGGUUUGCCCAUGGCCAUAGAGCUAGUGAUAAAGACCACACAGAAGAAGGUGGUGGACCAUGUAAUGAGGAUAUCUAGCAUCCAGCAAAUUCCAGAAGAUAACAUCACUCUUUUCUAUGCCCACAGUCAUAAAAGUUUGGUAGCCAUCAUCAGUACUGUGUAG